AUGAAGAUCAUGAAGCCCAAUGGCAGGAAGCUGGACGACUUCGUGUCGGGCAUCUACCAGGUUCUCCUUAAGCUAGAGAGGAGCUCGGAUCUCAAAGCCCAGCUAAGGGAGCUGAAUAUAACAGCAGCCAAGGAAAUUGGAUUUGAUGGUGGUCUGAAAGCUAUUAUCAUCUUUAUUCCUGUUCCUCAACUAAAAUCUUUCAAGAAAAGCCAAGUCCAGCUUGUCUGUGAAUUGGAGGAAGAGUUCAGUGGGAAGCAUAUUGUCUUUAUUGCUAGGAGGAGAGUUUUGCCUCAGUCAGCUCGAAAAAGCCAUACACAAAAUAAGCCAAAGCAUCCCAGGAGCUGCACGUUGACAGGCACGCGCGACACGAUCCUGGAGGACUUGGUUUUCCCAAGUGAAACUGUGGGUAAGAGAGCUCACGGAAAAACGGAUGGCAGCCCGCUUAUUUAUAAAGUUUCAUUUGGAUAG